AUGUCACAAGAGGGCGAGCUGUCCGGCUAUUCCACGUCCGCCUCCAGCGAUUUUGGAAGCCUCGAUGAGCGGUUCAAGUAUCCGCCGGUGGUGUCGAAAAGUGCAACGAAGAGACGUGCUCCGCAGAAUGAGGACGAGCAGCUCGGCGCGAUGAUGAACGACAAGUUGGUCUUGUCUCCAGAGAAACGUCUUCGUCUGAACACUCACAACGACGUCAACGUCGUCAGAAGACUCGACGAUGAUCCAGAGAUUAUGGCGCGAAAGGCGGGAAGACCUCCGACGAGAAGAUCGAAUUCCAGAAACAUGGAACGCUCGCCGCGUCUCGCUGCUCUCCGUCACGCUGGCUCAUCGAUGGACAUGCUUCGCACCGAAUCCGCAUUGUGUACUGACUCGAUUUCACCGAAACUCAUUAGCAUGCACGGCGGAGCAUCGCCCAGAAGACAUAGUCAGCUGAACAAAGAGGGAUCUGUCUACUCGAGACAUCGUCUUGGCUCCACGUUCUCGCCGUUGGUGGCUGGAGGAAGAGUCAAGGUAGCAACGCCAUCUCAGACCCUCAGAGGGCUCGAUAGACAACCGCCAUCCGAUUCACCACGUCGUGGAGGUCUUCGCACUCGUGGCGGCGUCACUCGCACUCCACGCCUUCUCAAGGAUCGCUUCAACAUGCUCGACUAA